AUGUUUGUGGGAAAGGACUACACAACCACCAUUUAUCCUCCCACCGACAAAAAAGAUGAACCGUCGGCAAAAACCAAAGCCAAUGCCCUAAUGUUCUUGAGGCAACAUAUUGAUCAAAGCUUGGUAUGGGAGUACCUUCAGUUGAAAACACCCAAAGAACUGUGGGAUGCCCUAAAGGGACAUUUUAGGAAUAUUCAUGACACUUUGCUCCCAGAAUUAACUGUCCAGUGGAAUGAAAUCCGCUUACUUGACUACAAAAGGGUUAAUGACUUCAACAGUGAUAUGUUGCGCUUUAAAGCACGUCUCAAUUUCUGUGGCAAGGAACUCACAGAAGAUUAUAUGAUCCAGAAAACUCUAUCCACUUUCCCUACUUCGGCCCUUAUACUAGCGAACCAAUAUAGGUUGGAAUAUGACAACAAAAGAAUCACUACCUUCCAUAAAUUGAUCACCAUGUUGCAAGUAUCUGAGCGUCAUGAUCAAGUUCUUCUGAACAAUAAUGUCAGACCUGUUGGAACAAAGAAAAUUCCCGAGGCUAACUAUGGCAAGGUGAAGGAUGGAAAGAACCCUAAAGCAAAGGGGACUGGACGUGCUGACCCUUACACACAUGGGGGCAAUACACCACGUGGAAAAGGAUAUGGAGGCCGUGGUAUGGGCCGUGGUAUGGGCCGUGCACGUCCCUCCAAUGUAUAG